CCGCAAAGCAAGCCAACUCCAAAGGUCGUUCGGAAGCCGUAAGUUUAUUCUCGAAGGUAGCAGAACAGCCAAGGUAAGGUGACAGACAAUAUGGUACAACCGCCAGCUGAGACAACACAAGCACAAACGUCACUGACUCCACUCCGCCGUCAUUCUCCCAUUCCCAUUUCCCCACCCAUCCCUCCCUCCUCUUCCACAGUCCACGCCCCUAAUAUCCAUUCCAUGAUUCCCAUCCCAGACCAAUCGAACAAACGGACAAACCACAACGCAAAAAAUCACCGCACCACGCAAGGCUCAGCCCAGCCCAGCCGCGCCUACAACACCCUCCCCACACACAUACGCACAACCCGCACAGUAACGCAAGUUGCAAACGCCGACGCCGGCCCCGUCUUUUCCCAUCAGCCAGCCAGCCAGCCAGCCAGCCAGCUAGCCCAUUCCCGCUCAACCAAUCGACGACAGAAGGCAGACAGUCAGACAGUCAGACAGACAGAAUGGCAUAAAGCAGCCCAACGGAAACGGCAAUAAACAGACAGACAAACAAAUAGUAACACCGCGCGCCCCGCC